GCGAGGAGGAGCGGCGGCGGCGCGGUGCUCCUGGCGGGCGGGCGGAGAAAUCAUUGUAGGUUUGGUGUCUUGGAAGCAUGGAAACAAUCUCUAUGAUGGGGAGUCCCAAGAACCUCAAUGAAACUUUUCUGCCAAAUGCUGCCAAUGGCAUCAAGGAUGCCAGUAAAGUCACAGUAGGCAUCAUUGGAAGUGGAGACUUCGCCAAGUCCUUGACAAUCAGACUCAUCAGAUGUGGGUACCACGUGGUCGUAGGGAGCAGAAACCCUAAACAUGCUGCUGAUUUCUUUCCCCAUGUGGUUGAUGUCACUCACCAUGAAGAUGCAGUGGCUAAAACAAACAUCAUUUUUGUAGCCAUACACAGAGAACAUUACACCUCUUUGUGGGAUCUCAAACAUUUACUUGUUGGUAAAAUUCUGAUUGAUGUCAGCAAUAAUACAAGAGUAGACCAAUAUCCAGACUCCAAUGCAGAGUAUUUGGCAUCACUUUUUCCUGAUUCCCUAAUUGUCAAAGGAUUCAAUGUCAUUUCAGCAUGGUCACUGCAGUUAGGACCAAAAGAUGCCAGCAGACAGGUCUAUAUAUGCAGUAACCAUGUUCAGGCUCGCCAUCAAGUUAUUGAGCUUGCCCGUCAGCUCGGUUUCAUUCCUCUUGAUUUGGGGGCACUGUCAUCUUCAAGGGAGAUUGAAAACCUGCCUCUGCGCCUGUUCACCCUGUGGAAGGGGCCUGUACUCAUUGCCAUUAGCCUGGCAACGUUUUUCUUCAUCUAUUCCUUUGUCAGAGAUGUCAUCCAUCCCUACAUGAGAAAUCAGCAGAGUGACUUUUACAAGAUUCCCAUUGAGAUUGUCAACAAGACCCUGCCAAUUGUUGCUAUCACUUUGCUUUCUCUAGUGUAUUUAUCAGGACUCAUUGCAGCUGCUUAUCAGCUGUACUAUGGCACGAAGUACCGGCGCUUUCCCCCUUGGCUGGACAGCUGGCUCCAGUGUCGGAAGCAGCUUGGGCUGCUCAGCUUUUUCUUUGCCACAGUGCACGUGGUGUACAGCCUCUGCUUGCCUAUGAGGAGAUCAGAGAGGUACUUGUUCCUCAACAUGGCAUAUCAACAGGUUCAUGCAAAUGUUGAAAAUUCUUGGAAUGAGGAAGAAGUGUGGCGAAUUGAAAUGUAUAUCUCCUUUGGAAUAAUGAGUCUUGGAUUGCUUUCCUUGCUGGCAGUAACUUCCAUCCCUUCAGUAAACAGUGCCUUAAACUGGAGGGAGUUCAGUUUUAUUCAGUCUACACUUGGAUACAUUGCUCUGCUUAUAAGUACUUUCCAUGUACUGAUUUAUGGAUGGAAGAGAGCUUUUGAAGAAGAGUAUUACAGAUUUUAUACACCACCAAAUUUUGUUCUUGCCCUUGUUCUGCCUUCCAUUGUAAUUGUAGGUAAGAUCAUCGUACUUUUGCCAUGUGUAAGUAGAAAACUGAGGAGAAUUCGAAGAGGAUGGGAGAAAAGCCACGUUAUAGAAGAAGUAAGUGGGUCUGUUCCACAUCUCUCCCCAGAAAGGAUAACUGUAAUGUGAUGAUAUUUGUUAACACUGUUGUACAUGUUUGGGCUUUGGGUUUUUUUGUCUAUGUCAAAUAAAUUUUUAGGAUUUAGUUAAGUAGGAGUCUUUGUAAAGUCUCUUGCUUGACAUAUAGUACAAGCUCUUAACCAAACUAUGAGAAGUUUAUAACUAGAAGACAACUAUUUCUGAUAACUACAAAAAUAUUUUUGUUUUAGAUUACAGAGGGCAGAUGAUUAUGAAAUAAAAAAAAAUAAUGUUCCUUUGCACAGUUAUAUCACAAUAAUAUUUUAUUAGAACCAGGCUUUACAGAUAUUUUUUUGCCUUAGAGUAUAUGUGUCAGAGUGCUGCUUAUUAAUAUGACAUUUUCUGGGCAGUGUUUUUCUAUUAAAACCACAUUUCUGGGGUUAAUGAGUUCAGAAUAUAAAGUAAAUUAUUUAGGAAAUAACUAGGGUUUGAAAGAAAUUAAUUUGUAAUGAUCACAGAGUAGUUUGAAUUGGAAGGGCCCUUAAGACCAGUAAGUUCCAAUGCCCCUGUCAUGGGCCUUGACAACUUUCACUAGACCAAGUUACUCAAAGCCCCAUCCACCCUGGCCUUGAACACUUCCAGGGAUGGGGCAUUCGCAACUUCUCUGGACACCCUCUGCUAGUGCCUCACCACCCUCAUAAAGAAUUUCAUCCAAAAAUCUAAAUCUAAACU